CAUUGUGACAUCACAGUCUCGAUGAUUAUGUUACUCUUUGUCUGCUGUUUCACUCAUUUCUUAUCCCGGCUACAGCAGGCAGCAUCUUAAAAACCGAACAGCAGCCGGUGAGGUGUCAAGUUCGUCUCUGCCGCAAUGUUUAUUUACAUUAAACAUGGAGAUAAUAACCAGUUCCUAGUUAACACCAACUGUCCAACCGUCGUCCUCACUGAAUACAUAAAAACCAGGCUGGGACUUGCUGAGUCAGAGCUUAUAGACCUGUGUGAUGAACGAGGAGUGCUGAAAUUCCUCUUCCUGCCCCAGAAUUCAAAGCAAUCUGCUCGUGGACUGCUAAAGGCUAAAGAGUCAUUCAGUGUUUGCAUUAUUAAGCGAACAUCUGAUGGGGCUUAUAACUCGGUCACAUCACUGUUAUCCGGUAUUGACCCUGCUGUAAAAGAGACCCUGAAGACUCAGAUUGACAAUCUUGAGAAAACUCGUCUGAAGCAGCUUCAUAUUGUAGAGGCUCGUAUGGCUACAUCAGAGGAAAUCAAUGCUCAGGCUCUGUCCACUAAAACUACUAAAAAGCGCAAGAAAGUUACACAUGCCAGUGCCCCUGAUGAAGAAGUCCAGCGCCACACAGGGGACAGGAAGAGCAGAAACUGAACAAAAGCCCUCACAUUCAGCA